GUUUACAGCCUCAGUCGAGGGGGUUACUCAUUAAUCUAGGUCUAGGUCCAUAACCCUAGAUAAGCCAAUGCGAACCGGCAGAUCAGCCUCAGGCUCCGCGCGUGCAUGAAUUAAGUACAAUGACAGCAGGUCAGCAUUGAAGAUUUCUGUCUUCCAUUCAAGGUAGGCGCUAGAGAUGACUUCUUCACCUGGUCAUUAAAUGUGAAAGGGCAAGUCCACUAUAUCAGCCACGUGAACUUCAGUGAGUUGUAAUAGUAUACUGGCUCCAAAGACCUUUAAAUACAUUUCAAAAACUAAUUUCCCACGUGGUGUAAAGUGAGAAGCCUCAAGCCAUCCAGCUGCCCAGAGCUGGUUGGAAAGUUUAAGCCAAGUGCCUACAAGGGACUCAAGCAGUGGACGUUCGAUCAAGACCUACAAACCCAUUUUUAUCACUGAUAUUUUUGAAAAGUCACUUCAUGUGGCUUUUUGCAAUUGCCACGUCUUAAAGGAAAGUCACUUUGAAUGGAGAACAUAAUUUGCAUGCUACCCAAGUUCAGGCAGGAUCUGACACAAGCCUGGAGAAGGGGAACGCACCUGUCUCUCUUCCUUGACCUGUAGAUGCUCUGCACAAAGUUUAUUUAUUGGCACCAACUUGUGCAAUCUUUAAUGGGAUAAAUUAUCACUCAAGAUCAGGUGAACCGCUGAUCUAAACUAAACUAAAGCCUUAAAGUGUCUUAAUUUCUUCUUAAUUCACACUUUACAUCUUAAGGCCUCCGCAUGGUACUCUGGUCGAAAGAUCAAGACAAACUGUCCGACAUGUCCACGGGGAUGGAGAGGAUAGAGAUGAAGAAGGAGGUGGCGCCGCCGGCAUACCACCACUCCAACGGGUCGGUUCAUCCUGUAAUACUUCCCGACAACCCCGAGGGGGUACCCCCAAACUCUGGGGUGUAUGAACUCACAGAGGUGACCUCCCUACCAGACCAUGGUGAUCAGGAGAACGAGCAGCCAGACAUGGUGGUACUCGACUCUCGGGCCAACGCAAAGGGCCAGAGAGAAGAGGACGCACUCCUGGAGAACGCCAGCCAAAGUAAUGAGAGUGAUGACACUAGUAAGGACCAAAGCCCGGUGCCGCCGGUUCCACUAAAAGAAACAUCUUUCACUAUUGGACUCCAGGUUCUAAUCCCUUUCCUGCUGGCAGGGUUUGGGACAGUUGCAGCUGGCAUGGUUCUGGACAUUGUUCAGCAUUGGACAGUGUUUACAGAGGUGACUGAAGUAUUCAUCCUGGUUCCUGCUCUCCUGGGCCUGAAAGGGAACUUGGAAAUGACACUUGCGUCCAGACUGUCCACCGCAGCUAAUAUUGGCCAUAUGGAUACAGUCAAGGAUAUGGGGAAAAUGAUCAUGGGAAACCUUGCGCUAAUUCAGGUUCAGGCUACUGUGGUCGGCUUCCUGGCCUCCAUCGCUGCAGUCAUUUUUGGCUGGAUUCCAGAGGGCAAUUUUAAGAUGGGUCAUGCCGUCCUGCUCUGUGCUAGCAGCGUGGCCACAGCAUUCAUCGCUUCUUUACUGCUAGGUCUUAUCAUGAUUGGGGUUAUCAUUUUAUCCAGGAAGGUUGGCAUCAACCCAGACAACGUGGCCACCCCCAUUGCUGCCAGCCUGGGUGACCUGAUCACCCUGGCCCUGUUGGCUGGCAUUAGUACGGGCCUGUAUAAGGAGCUUGAAUUCAAUGAUUAUGCCAACCCAAUGGUGUGUGCCUUCUUCGUUGCCCUGACACCCAUCUGGGUACUGAUUGCCCGGCGAAUACCUUCCACCAGGGAAGUUCUCUAUUCAGGUUGGGAGCCUGUCAUUAUCGCCAUGGCAAUCAGCAGUGUUGGGGGCCUCAUUCUGGAUAAGACGGUAUCCAACCCCAACUUUGCUGGAAUGGCGGUAUUCACCCCUGUAAUCAACGGUGUGGGUGGGAAUUUGGUGGCGGUACAAGCCAGUAGAAUCUCCACAUACCUGCACAUGAACGCACUGCCCAUAACAGAGCCAAACCCAGCACCACAAAAAUGUCCCACUCCCUGGAGCACCUUCUUCGGGUCAGGUGUCAACUCACGCUCUGCAAGAGUUCUCUUCCUGUUGGUCGCUCCUGGUCACCUGAUCUUCCUGUACACCAUUAAUUCUUUGCAGGGGAAGGGUGGGCACACAACUCUCACCUACGUAUUCAUUGCAUUUUACUUGGCCGCAGCUCUGCUCCAGGUAAUAAUCCUGCUGUACCUGGCAGACUGGAUGGUUAACUGGAUGUGGCGUCGAGGGAUGGACCCAGACAACUUCUCCAUCCCAUACUUGACAGCCCUGGGAGACCUGCUGGGGACGGGCUUCCUGGCUCUGUGUUUCCAUAUCCUGUGGCUAAUUGGAGAUCGAGAUGGAGAUGUGGGUGACUGAUCCACACUGCUUCCCUUUGACUCUGUCCAAGCAACAGGAAAGCCACAUAAAGAAAUCAUAUCUAUAUUGUUAUUGCUACAAUGGGCUACCAUGAUUCUAUUGAUGACUUAAGACAUUAUUGCUUUAGUAUUGAGAAGAACAGUAAUUAGUUGUUGUUUAGCUAGUGGGAGAACAAGGAUCCUCAUUAUUUUUCAAUGGGGAUGUUCGUCACGUUUUAUGGCCAGUCGCAUUGACUGUAUGUAAAGAUGAGAUCAACCUAAACUUGAAACUUUUCAAGAAAACAAAAACAAAAAGAAUGUGUAAUCACCAAGUGCUAUGAAAUGGUUUAGGGAUAUACAAUUUAAAUAAAAAUUAAUUGAUGAGUUUUGAGGGCAGCACUCACAACCUUGUGUGUACCUUUUGCAACUUUAAAAUAAUUAAUAUAUAAAAUGACACAAGUAAGUCAUUUGUAGGUAAAUUUCCGCAAAAAGUGGUUCUGUGGUGCUUUCAAAUCAUUGUUUGAGCAUCCCGAACAGCCCGACACAGAAACAUUGGCUCCACCAAAGGUUUUAGUUUGGGGGCGGGACUAUCUAUUUGGUAGACCAAUGGAAAAUAAUUUUGAAAAUGGCCAUUAUUUUUGUGAUUCUGUUUAGCAGCGCAGAAAUUACACACUUCACCAUUAUCUAAUGAAAGAAAAAACAUUUUUGGACCAUCACAGAGUGACCUGAUAUCCUUUAACAACCUUUUGUGCAUGAUGUUUGUUUCUCUUUAAGAUUACAAGGACUAAAAUAUUUCAAAUUCUCCAGCCCUGGCAUGGCAGUUCAUGUUAGCGAUGGAGUGAAUUGAGUAACAUUCGCAUAAGAAGGUCUUAAUAGCAGACUCUAAGCCUCAAAGGUGACUUUUUGCGUUAAAAUACUGCAUGUACAGUAAAGUACUGUAAAAUGACAAAGCACUGAUCCCCUUAGACAUUUAACGGAUUUAAAAUAUAUAUUCCGAAUCUAAAAUUGCUUCUGCAACUCUACAAGCAGUUACAGACAGAAAUAGUAACCAAAACAUCUAUAGGUUAUUCAUUGUUUUUUGAAAUCCCUAAAAUCCUAAAGUUGCGUGAUGCAUUAAGAAAGGUUAUUGGGUUGCUUGCACUCAUUAACAAGAAUAAAAUAACGGACUUUGCCUCAGUUGUGUAGAUACAUUUCUGUAAUGUACACACAUCGAAGGCCAUUAUAUUGAAGUCCAUGUCUGUUAAAUCUACAACAUCAUUUCCUUGGACUUAAAAUACUGGUACAGUUAAAAGGAUAGUUUGUGAACUAGCCUUUUUACCAUUAUGUACUUAAUCAAGACUUCAAUGGUUAUUCCAGGGAGAACGUCCCUACGAUUUGUGAACUCUAAGGCCUUUUUCACACGCGCACAUUAGCUGUGUCAUUGCAUGUGUUACUUGCAUCAAGCGUUACAGAUGCCUGUUUUCAGUGGGUGAGUAGUGUACUCCAUACUUCUUUGUUGCUUUAUUAAAGCCUAUAUUGCACAGAUUGUGUAAAUAAAUAGGUAUACAGUGCAUUUUUGUACCAAAAUUAAUACGCACCACUUGCGUGCUAGUUAACACAUGCAGUGUGAAACAGGCCUGAGUUACUUUGAACAAAAGUCACUGGCUCUAUGGCUAGAAACAUGAAACACUGCUUUAAAAGCUUUUUUAAAAUCAAGAAUGAAGAAUUUACUUAGAAUUAUGCAAAAACACUUGUUAGCAAAAGGGCUAUUUUGACGUUUAUAUCACUGUACCAUUGCAUACUAACGGCUAGUUGCAGAAAUGCUGUUUUAAGAAUGUCAUUUGGAGCCAACAUGGAUUAAAAUCUCUAAAAGCUUUCCUUUCAUACAGGAAGGAAGCAGAGUUGAUGUCGUUUGAGUGUUUUAGGACAUUAAUGCCACUCGGAAACACUUGAAAGGGCUAACAGGAUGGCUAACCGCUAAUUUGGACAUUUGUAUUAUGCUGUUAAUAAAAUCUCCUAAUAGUAGUUGUCAGUUCAGUGUAUAUAUAUAUAUAUAUAUAUAUAUAUAUAUAUAUAUAUAUAUAUAUAUAAAAUUUUAUUUUUUUUUAACAACUAGACAGGCCUCAUAAAAGCAACUUACCUCCAGUUAUGUACAAUGUGUUUGUUAAUUGCCAUGUUAGCCUCUCAUUGUUAAAGGGCUGUAUAGAAACAAUGCUCUAUUUGUUGGUAUCUCUCCAGUUUGCGCACAUCAAUUAUUCUUAGUAGAGACUCUGGCUGAUAUUGAAAAUGGGGCCAUCAAAAUGGAUUGUGCCGGGCACAUAACAUUAAAAAAUGCAUUGUUUGUAUUAAAAAUCCCCCUAUUUUUACUGGAAAUGACAAAUCCUUAUCUGUUACUUUCAAAAACUUUUUCUUUUAACUAUUUUAGGCCGAGUUAUAGUGUGAUAUCUUCCGUUUUGACAGGCAUGUUUAAUUUCAGAAUACAGUACACUGUGCACAAGAUGUACUGUAAUUUCAUGAGUUGCCACAAGAGGUCACACUUGUGCAAAAUCAUGUGUGUUGUAUGCAUAGACAUGUCGUCAGAAAUAUCCAAUAUCCAUACCCAGCAAUGCAUUCAAACAUCCUGAAUAUUACUGUGCAACUGAACUGGUGCUGCCAUUGUAUCAUGACAGCUCUCUAUAUUUCUUCAGGGGAUGGGAGGCUUUGUUUUAUUUAUUUAUAUAGAUGUGACAAAGCUAUUUGUACAUAAUAUAUUUAUUCUAUAAAUAAUUUGUUUAUUUUUCAUUUUGUUCAGUGUCUGAUUUUUUGUUUCCUUUGCAUUGGACCAGUAGAUAUGUUUACUGAACAUUUAUCAGUAAUUAUUUUUCUUUGGUAAACUUUAACAAAUAUAUCAAAGUUUGGUGCCUAAUUUCCAGCAAAACCUCACACUCAAACCUGAGUCUGUGAAUUUGAUAUUAAUAUGCCUUAACCAAUCAAAAGCGAGGCUUGACACAUAGAUUGUAUAGGAUUUCUGGUUUCUUCUUUUUGUAUAUGAUCUUUUUUUAAUUCAUUGAGUUGAUUUUCAUAUUGUUUUCAUUUGAUUUAAUUACACCAUUUGCUGUAUUCUGGCAGGACAAAUGUAUCGAUGGUAACGUUAUCCAAAGCAACACCACUGAAAAUCCCAGACAAUUAGGAUUAUUUCUUGUGGCUUGUCUAAUCUGUCACAUAUUCCCUUGUAUUUACCUUUGCAAAUUUAGAACAGAUUAACAUCGAUGUCAUUUGAACUUCCUACAAAAACAUUUAACCUUCCUUAUGUUAAAUUGAACCCCUAUAUGAAUAUAACUAAAGGAAAUUGACUAAAAUACCCAAAUAAAGUUAGACGGUACUGCUAGAAAUUGUAGCUGCCUGAUUACCUGAUGUAUUACAUUGCCUGCACAUAAUUUUAGUUUAGUGUUUCUACCCUACCCAACCAAUUGUGUCAUGAUGCUUCAAUCUUACACUGUCGAGGGGAUUUAACAGAGGUACUUGUAAAUUGCUGGAAAUAAAAGAUUAUAUU